AAAUACCUAAAUAUAGCCAAGUACUAGAUAUUGUGUGACGAGAUAGUCUCUAUUUGGGAUUUGGGAAACACUGGACAAGACAGUAUAAAUGUAGUUUAUCUCUCAAGCGAUUUUAUGGAAUAUUUUUCCAAAAGGUAUGUUAUUGCAUGCUUAAUUUGAUCGUACUUAUAUGCUUAACAUUAUGGUAAAAUAAGAAUUCACCUAUCAUACAUACUUUUUAUUGCAUAAUAUAUAUGUAUCAAUAUGCAUCCUAUGCAUAUUAAAGUAACUCAAAAUUGAGUUUUUGAACUUUUUUUUUCAUUAGGUAUGUAAUAAAAUAAAGUUUUCAAUGAAAUCAGAACUAUAUUUGUUCAAUAUUUAUGAGCUAUUUAAGUGAAAAUGUCAAGGGGUGUUUCUUUAGCAGUAAUUGAAAAAUUGCAGUCUAGUACACUAAUUACGAAAUAUAACACAUUAAAAUGCGUUCAUGGAUAUCCUCUCAAGUUAUAUUUGAAAGUUAAUUGCAUUAACAGAUAUGUAUAGCGAUGUCAAGAUUAUUCCAUAUUUGAGUGACUUUUUUUAAAAAUACUAUCAAAUUAAUCAUGUAAAAACACAUAUUUUGGAAAAAAAAAAAUUCAAAAAAUCGCUUGGUAUGUAAACUGCAUUCGUUCUGAUAAUACAACAGUGUAAAACUAAAUUAUUUUGAAUAUUGAUUGUAAGACUUAAAUAUUAUGAAUAUGGUACCUAUAAUAACUUACCGCGGACCAGUGCCAACUACAUAAGUAUUAGUGCCUUGUAAAGUCAUAAAACCAGGAUUGCAUCCCAAAAUGCGAAUCACUCUGGAUGAAACAUUGCUAACAAUCGGUAAGCUAGGCAAGGCCAUUUUCGAACGAGUCCUAUACCUAUUUUUUGAUGAGCUGUAUUUGAACGACAAAGAUGUAUUAUGUGUAAAAAGAGAUAACAGUCUUCCGCACGAUUUUCGAAUUAGAAACAUUGAUAAUUAAUUUAGAUAAUCAAUAUUAGCUAUAAUAAGUAAUAUAAAAAAAACUAACUAUAUUAUUAAAAUUGGGUAUAAAUAUACGUAUUUAAUUAAAAUUUAUAAAUUAUAAUAAUUUGAAUGGCCUUUUUUUAUUUAACAAGAUUGAAGAUAAUGCAUCCAAACAAAUCUAACCAAUGGGAAUCGACAAAAUGUAUAGUGAUAAACAACAUUUAAAUUGUGAUGUACUUGUAUUAUACCGACUAUCAGGUUGAGUUUGUGUUAGUAAUACUAUUGUUUUAUAUUUUGUGCACGCUUCGAGAAACCACAAGUUGCAAUUAAUGUAAGUAUUAAAAUUAUUUUACCAAAGUAAAAGUCUAAUUAUUUAGUUAUUCUAUGACGUUAUACAUUUACAAUAAUCAAGAAAUACAAAUUCUGUGUAUUUCAUAACGUUUCUACAUGUAAUAUGUAAACAACUAAUGAUGCCUUUGUUAUGUCAAACUUUCGAAAAAAAUACUAUUAUUUUCACUAUUUUAACAUUAUAAAAAUUCUAAUUUAUAUUUUUUAUUAUGAUUAUAGAUUUGAAUAUACCAUUUUUCUCAGAAAUUAGGUAAGUAUUUAAAUUUUAGAUAAUAUAUGUAUAUACAUACACACAUACUUUUAUUAUCCUGGAAAUACACCCUGUGGUGUAUGUGUGUAAAUGUAAUAUAUUAUAUAAUAUAUCUUCAUAGAGUUCUUGUAUAUUUCUGAUGUUGGAAAUUAUAUAGAUAAGUAUAUAAUUGUUUUGUUGAACAACGCUCAAAAUAAAUAAUUUAAUUUUUUUUAAUGAUGUCGCAUCAAAUGACUGCAAAGGUUUUUAACCACAAUAUUCUUUUUCCUUAAAUUUUCUUGUUGCAGAUUUGUCAUAGUUUUUUUUAUUAAUUUUAUCGUUAUUUCUCAUGAUGUGUAGGUUACGAGUUUUUAUCGUUCAGAAUAUUACUUAUUUCUUCCCUAUUAUUUUAGGUUACUUAGCUUAAAUAAACGAUCGUGGAUAGGUAUACUUUCAAUUGAGUUGAAAGAAAAAUCAAUGCUAUUUUUAUUUUUAUUUAUUUAAAACUGAAAAGUAAUGAGUUACUGUUUUAAAUUACUGUUUGCCUUAUGUACUAAAUAUUUCUGGUUACACCACGUUAAGUGUCUCACUUUCUGGGGCCAGCACAAAUACAUUUUUUUUGCAUGUGACAUGUGACAGGGCUACGAAAAAUUGACCAUAAGAAAAACAUUAAAUGAUUAGGUCUACCUGCAACAUUUAAUAUUUUACCUUGUGCCUUAUUCAUGGUCUUUGAAAAACAUAUUUUCACGGGAAAUUUGAGCUAUUUAAACUGGAAUGGUAGAUUAGUUGAUAUCAUUGAUAAGACCAUUUCUCCUGCUCCACAGCUAGUAAGUAAUGUAUGGUUAUACAUUCAUGCAAACAGUUUUUUAUAGAUUUUAUUUGCUAUCUUGUGCGUUAUUAAUUACCAUAAAUAUGUUUUAAUCAACCUUUUACAUUUUUGUCUAUAGAGUAUAUAAAGACAACAUUUAUAAUAUUAGUGCAAUGGCAUCAAAUUCAAAUCUCAGUCAUCAUUACAAUUAUUACUAAAUAUAUUAUUGAAAACAAAUAAUACAAAUCAAAAAACAUGUCUGAUUAUUCAAUAGUAACCAAUAUACUAUUAAUUUAAUCUGNAAUAAAAAAAAAAUAUUAUCAUUUAGCAUUUAUUUAAUCACCACCACACAUUCCUCUCAAAUCGCAACCACUGGUUGGUACGUCUAAUUGGUGGUAUUUUGAUGAACUUAAUUGCACUGAACUAACAGCAAUGACAAACUUCUCAAAAAACUCACUCAACAUAAUCAAAACUGGAUAAAUGUUCAGAUAGAAUAGAUUGUACAUUAAAAAUGAAUAAAUAUAUUUUUUCAUAGAUACCCCCACACCAUUACAUGGAUUCCAUUUUUUUGUUAUCUAUGUUACUACAGAAACCUCUAAUUAAAAAAAAAAGAAAUUUAAUUUCUGAACUAAAAUUGCUUAUAACCUGAAUUUAGGGAAUGGUAUUCAAUAUAGGGUGAAUUUUAAUAGCUAUUAACCUUUUAAAACUGUGUUCGGCAAAGCCAUUCUCACGUGAUGCGAUGACCAAGGAAAAUAGGGAUUCAUUUUUAUAACAGUUUUAUACUAUUAUGUAUGUAUAUAAAACAUAAUUUAUCUUUAUAGGUGUAUCAUUUUAAAUACAUUUUUACAAUAAAUAAAUAGAAAAUGUACAUAAUUUGAGUCAUUUCCUUAUUAAAAUAAAUACUAAUAAUACAGUUUCUGAUCCUCUAUUUGGUUAGGCAGUGAACCUAGUGCAAUUUUAACUGCAAAUUGCAGUUAUGUUUUCAAUCAACUGAUAAGCCAAGUGUUGCCACCAAGGUGGAUUACUAAAGUGUGAGUUCAGCAUAGUAACCAAUUUUUUUUGUGUACAUCAUUUGCCAUUUGGUAUCUUGUAGUUAAAUUCUACAACAGUGUAUGAACACCACAGGAAUUUAGAAUAAGAAAAUUUUUGUUAGUCAUUAAUUCUUAUUAUAGAACAUUUGAUAUACUUAGGCUUUUCUACAAUUUAUAUCCAUAUACUUUUUCACUUUUUAUGAUAUUAUUUAUUAAUUUAUGGGCAUAACUAUUUAGUUUUGUGUUAAAUGAUUUGUUAAGUUUAUUUAGUUAAAUAAUCAUCAAUUAUAACAAUUUAAUUAUUGAUAUUACAGUUCAUCAAGAGAUUUUGAGAAUGUCUAGCGAAGAAGAAGCAUCUGCAAGACCAUCUACUUCUGAAACAAAUGUCCCACCCCACAAAGAGCCAAAUGAACAAGGUGCUGUUGCUCAUGGAAUAGGUGAAGCUAGUUCUAGUGCUCUGCAAGUAUUUGAAGAAAAAACUCCAGUUGAUGACUACAUUCGUCUGCGUGUAAUUACUAGUGAUAUGACAAAUGAAGUACAUUUUCGUGUUAAGGCUGGUACAGCAUUGGGCCGUUUGAAGCGUUCAUACUGUACCAGACUUGGUUUUCAGCAUGAAGAAUUACGUUUUGUCUUUGAUGGCCAUCGAAUCAUUGAUGAAGACACUCCAAAAUCAUUGAAUAUGGUCAAUGAUGAUGUAAUUGAAAUAUAUCAAGAAAGAACUGGUGGUAUGUAAUGCAAACCUGUAAAAUUAAUUUAAUUUUUAAUAUAAAUUUUUGUUUUAUACUAAAGUUUUUUACUUAAUUUCAUAUCCAAUAAAGUAAUAAGUUUAUUUUAUAAUUUGCUAUGUUUCAAAGGUUUUCAUAAGUUUAAAAAAAAAGGAUCAAACAUUAAACUUUCAAUUUCAUUUAUUCAUAUCUAGGGCUCAUAUUUUUGUUAUAUACCUUUAUAUCAUUUUCUGUUAAAAAAAAUUUUUAUUUGAAUAAAUAACAUGCUCUAAUUAUGAAUUGUAAUAUCUUAUGAAAAAUAUGGAAUACUUUAAUGUUUGUACAGUAUACACAUUGAUGACUUUAUAAGUAAAUUAAUUCUUUGCAAUUUCUUUUAAAUAUUACCUCUGCCCCUCCCCCUAUUUUAUAAAAAUACAAGCUCUCCUGCCAGUUUCAAUUUUUUACUAUUUAUUUUACCUCCGUAUUAAUUUUUGGUAUUGAGUAAAAACACAAAAGUGGAAAUUGGGUAGUCUACCUAAAAUACUAAAAGACUAAAAGUAUUUUGUUAUUUAAAUUACUAUUUUCCUGAAGCAUUAUAUUUUUCUGGAUACACCACGUUAAAUGCCUCAUCUUCUGGAGUCUACAAAUUUUUUUUGCAUGUGACACAUGACAAAGCCAUGUACAAUUGACCUUUUAACAUUGGACAGAUAGGUCUAGAUUCUAAACCAGCAACAUUUAAUAUUUUACCUUGUGCCUUAUUUAUGGUCUUUGAAAAACAUAUUUUCACGGGAAAUUUGAGCUAUUUAAACUGGAAUGGUAGAUUAGUUGAUAUCAUUGAUAAGACCAUUUCUCCUGCUCCACAGCUAGUAAGUAAUGUAUGGUUAUACAUUCAUGCAAACAGUUUUUUAUAGAUUUUAUUUGCUAUCUUGUGCGUUAUUAAUUACCAUAAAUAUGUUUUAAUCAACCUUUUACAUUUUUGUCUAUAGAGUAUAUAAAGACAACAUUUAUAAUAUUAGUGCAAUGGCAUCAAAUUCAAAUCUCAGUCAUCAUUACAAUUAUUACUAAAUAUAUUAUUGAAAACAAAUAAUACAAAUCAAAAAACAUGUCUGAUUAUUCAAUAGUANAUUUAAUCACCACCACACAUUCCUCUCAAAUCGCAACCACUGGUUGGUACGUCUAAUUGGUGGUAUUUUGAUGAACUUAAUUGCACUGAACUAACAGCAAUGACAAACUUCUCAAAAAACUCACUCAACAUAAUCAAAACUGGAUAAAUGUUCAGAUAGAAUAGAUUGUACAUUAAAAAUGAAUAAAUAUAUUUUUUCAUAGAUACCCCCACACCAUUACAUGGAUUCCAUUUUUUUGUUAUCUAUGUUACUACAGAAACCUCUAAUUAAAAAAAAAAGAAAUUUAAUUUCUGAACUAAAAUUGCUUAUAACCUGAAUUUAGGGAAUGGUAUUCAAUAUAGGGUGAAUUUUAAUAGCUAUUAACCUUUUCCGGAUGAUGCGGAACAUUUUGCAAAAAACUGCGUUAAAAUCGACUAAGCCGUUCUCACGUGAUGCGAUGACCAAGGAAAAUAGGGAUUCAUUUUUAUAUAGAUAUGAACUCAUAUUAAACUGCUGCAAAUAUAUAUUUAUGUUUUAAUAAUGUUUAUUUUUUAUGUUUACAUUUAUUGGUAGAUACUUUUAAAAACUAUUACAUUAUUCUAAAUU